UCCUCCCAGCUUUGGCAGCGCGGGCGGGCCCUCUAGGCCCCGCGUCUCAGUGGCCGGCGUCGACCCCGCCCGCCCGCUCGCUCCGCGGCGCUCGGAGGAAAUGGCCGCGAGACCCUAGAGGCCUGGGACCCGAGGAGCUCACUCCGUGGGAGCAGUUUCAAGAUAAUCUGAGUCGUUACUGGUGAGCAGCGACUGGUCGCAGCAGUGUUUUGGGGCCUGGCUGUUUACCUGGACCAGGUGAUUGCGCCAGCCAGGUUUUCUGUUGUACUUAGGACGUCCGUCCAUAAAGGGUCCAAGCUUUCGGUGUUGGGGCAGGUUUUUCAUUCUGUCCCAGUCCCUCUCUGAGGAUGGAGCACGGCAUAAGAGCUGAGGCGUCACUAGCAUUUCAGUGUGAUUGAAGCUGGACGGCUUGAAAAAGAAUUCUCAAGGUAUGGAUGACAAAGGUGACCCCAGCAAUGACGAAGCUCCCAAGGUCAUCAAACCCACCAGUAAAGAGUUCAGGAAAACAUGGGGCUUCCGAAGAACCACCAUUGCCAAGCGCGAGGGCGCUGGGGACGCGGAGCUGGACUGCGUGGAGCGGGCCCCGCCGCAGCAGCAGAGCCCGUCCUUACGGCGCAGCGGGAGGCAGCCCAAGCGGACUGAGCGCGUGGAGGAGUUCCUCACGCGAGUCCGGCGCCGCGGCCGGAGGAUUGCGCCCACCUCCCUGGAGGACCCCAGCGAGCCGGCCUCGUGCCCAGCAACAGAUGCCGAGACUGCUUCUGAGGGGAGCGUGGAGAGUGCCUCUGAGAUGAAAAGUGGGCCCAGGGCCAGCUCCGCGGGGGGUAAGGAACGAGCCGCCUCCUCUGCCAAGGCCACAGGGGGUAACGACGAGGAUGACACUUCCGAUAGUGACAGCGAUGGCUUGACUUUGAAGGAGCUUCAGAAUCGCCUACGAAGGAAGCGAGAACAGGAGCCAGCCGACCGGUCCCUGAAAGGUGCCCAGAACCGCCUGAGGAAGAAGCGGCGGGAGGAGGACCCUGCAGAAGCUGUGGACGCAGAGGCGGGCAACACUGUGGAGAGUUCCCCGCCCAGCAAGCAGGAGCCCACGGCUGCCCAGGCAGCGAAAGAUGACCGGGAGAGGACGUCGGAAGGGCCAGCGGCCGAGGGACCCCCAGACGAAGAGCCCGGAGGCUCAGUCAGACACAAGCCUGAGUGUGAGGUUUACGACCCCAACGCUCUGUACUGUAUAUGUCGUCAGCCGCAUAACAACAGGUUUAUGAUUUGCUGUGACCGGUGUGAAGAGUGGUUUCAUGGCGAUUGUGUAGGCAUUUCUGAGGCUCGAGGGCGGCUCCUGGAAAGGAACGGGGAGGAUUACAUCUGCCCCAACUGCACCAUCCUGCAGGUGCAGGACGAGCCUAACGAGCCUAACUCAGAAAGCGCAACCCAGCAGGCAGCAAGACUCCGACCGGCGGACGCCGACGGCACGGACUGCACGAGUAUAGGGACUGUGGAGCAGAAGUGCAGCGAGGACCAGGGCAUCAAGGGUAGGAUCGAGAAGGCUGCAAACCCAAGUGGCAAGAAGAAGCUCAAGAUCUUCCAGCCUGUCUCAGAGGCGCCGGGCGCUGCCAAGUGUAUCGGCCCUGGGUGCGCGAGCGUGGCGCAGCCGGACUCCGUCUACUGCAGCAACGACUGCAUUCUCAAGCACGCUGCCGCCACCAUGAAGUUUCUGAGUUCAGGGAAAGAAGCAAAACCCAAACUGAAAGAAAAGACCAAGCCGAAGCCAGAAAAGCUCAUUCUUCCGAAGUGUAGCGUUCAGGCAGGCGUCAGAGUCUCCUCCAUGCACAAGAGAGCAGCACCAGACCAGAAGGAAAGCACCAUGAGGAAGGCCCUGGCGGCCCCUGCUAGGAGCGAGGUUCCUAUUAAGGGAACGACGUGUGACAGCGGCACGCCGUCCUGGGCCAGCGACCACAACUACAAUGCAGUGAAGCCGGAGCCCAGCCCCGCCCCCUGGCCGGCCCUGUGGUGCAAAUCCGUGAAGGAGGAAAGACAAGUGGAGGAGAGCCCAGCAGCGGCAUCUGCGGUGCCCAAGAGAGCGGUCCCUCCAGGUUCGUCGGGGGGCGGCAAGCAGCCGCCAGCCAGAAGGCUCCUUCCAAACAAGCCUCCUUCCGGAAAUGUGGCAGCGGCCAAGCCGGCCGUCAGAAAGGCGCCUUCGGGUUUCAAGGGCACCAUACCCAAGAGGCCCUGGCUCUCGGCCUCCGUCUCGGGCAGUGCUCCGGCCACCAAGCAGGCAGGGCUGGUGCCUGGCGCCACCACAUCUGCUUCCAAAAGGUUACCGAGCUCUGCUGCCUUGCUGGGGGCCACCAGGAAGCCUGUGGCCGCCUCUGUGCCCUUGGUCUCUCCUGCCCCGGGACGCCUGGGGACCUCCAUCGCUGCCCCAUCACAGCCAAAUUCACAGAUUCGGCAAAAUAUACGACGCUCCUUGAAGGAGAUUUUGUGGAAAAGGGUCAGCGACAGCGAUGACCUGGUCAUGACGGAGAAUGACGUCGGGAAGAUAGCCCUCCGGAUCGAGAAGGAGAUGUUCGGCCUGUUCCACGUCACAGACAAUCGCUACAAGAGUAAAUACCGCAGCCUCAUGUUCAACCUCAAGGACCCCAAAAACCAGGGACUCUUCCAUCGUGUUCUGCGUGAAGAAAUUUCUUUGGCAAAACUUGUGAGAAUGAAGCCAGAAGAACUUGUAUCUAAAGAGCUUUCCGUGUGGAAAGAGCGGCCCACGAAACCUGUGAUGGAGUCCAGAGCUAGACUGCAUAAUGAAAGUAAGAGGACUGCCAUUAAGCAGGAAGCGAUUCCCGACAUGGAAGACUCGCCACCUGUGUCAGACUCGGACGAACAGGAGUCGGUGCGAGCUGUCCCUGAGAGCAGUGCCGCGCCCCUCCUGGACGUCUUCAGCAGCAUGCUGAAGGACACCACCAGCCAGCACCGGGCACAUCUCUUUGAUCUGAACUGUAAAAUUUGUACAGGUCAAGUUCCAUCAUCAGAAGAUGAACCAGCUCCAAAAAAACAGAAAGUGUCAGUUUCUGCUAAGAAGGAAGAGUCAAAACCCAAGCACGACAGCUCUCCCUCUGAGCCAGUUCUUAGCUCAGCUGAUGAAGUCAUGCCAGCUCUGCCUGAGAAUGCCUCUGAGCCAGACCCAGAGAGCAACUCUCGGGCACACUCGGAGCGGAAGGGCUUCCCCGGGCCUCCAGGGGACAGCCACCCCGAGCCCUCUGCUCUGGAAGGGCCCUCCUGCCCGGCCUCCUGUGGGGCCGCGGUGCUCAGCACGGUCACCAUGUCUGGCCGAGACCCCAGGACUGCACAGAGCGGGUCGAGCGCAGUCACGACCCCUGCAGCAGCCCACCCGGACAGCAUCCACCCAGCAGAACCACGACCAGACGUCCUGAAGCCUGCUGUGGCCUCUGUGCUGGUGCCCAAGUCCAUCCUGGCUAAGCCGUCCUCAUCCCCUGAGCCCAGAUAUGUCCUGGCGGCCCCACCAUCACCGAGCAUCAGCAUCACAGAGUCGCGGUCCCCUCCAGAAGGAGAUACAACCCAAUUUUUGUCUCGACUCAGCACCAUUUGGAAAGGAUUUAUUAACAUGCAAAGCGUAGCAAAAUUUGUCACUAAGGCAUAUCCUGUCUCUGGAUGUUUUGAUUAUCUCAGUGAGGACCUGCCCGACACGAUUCACAUUGGUGGAAGGAUCGCACCGAGGACGGUUUGGGAUUAUGUCGGCAAACUCAAAUCUUCUGUGUCUAAGGAGCUGUGUCUGAUCCGCUUUCACCCCGCGACGGAGGAGGAGGAGGUGGCCUAUAUCUCUCUGUACUCCUAUUUUAGCAGCCGCGGCCGCUUUGGCGUGGUCGCUAAUAACAGCAGGCACGUCAAGGACCUCUACCUGAUCCCGCUCAGCGCCGAGGACCCUAUCCCGCCCAAGCUCCUGCCCUUUGAGGGACCAGGUCUCGAGUCACCUCGUCCAAACAUCAUCCUGGGGUUAGUAAUCUGUCAAAAAAUAAAACGGCCUUCAAAUGCUGGAGAAUUCGACAAGGUAGAGGAGAAGCGGUCCCGACUGCAGACCCAGGAAGAAGUGGAUGUUUCGGCCUACCCCAGAGUGCCUCCAGCCUCGCAGCCCGAGAAGAAGCCCCCCAAAUAUCAGCUCUGCUCUGGGGACUCAGCUGUCGGCACCACGCCCCCGGGGUCGCCCCCGCCCCCGCCCCCUCUUCCAGAGCCUCCUGUUGUGCCGGCUUCGUCAUCAUCGUCGGUGUUAAAAAUACUGUCGUCCCUCAAACCGGGAGCCACGAGCACCGCCAGCACCGCCGAGGCACCCACUGCUUCAGCCACAGUCACAGCGGCCGCUUCCUCUGCUUUGAAAACAGCUUCGCCCCUGGAGCAUAUCCUGCAGACUCUGUUUGGGAAGAAAAAGUCAUUUGACCCUCCUGCCAAGGAGCCUGUGGAAUCCGCCCCUGCCGCCCAGCAAGACGUCAAGGCCAAGGCUGAGUGUGGGCUGCCGGCAGCGCCCUUGCUGGAUCCAAUUGUCCAGCAGUUUGGUCAGCUGUCAAAAGAGAAGGCUCUGGAGGAGGAGGAGGAUGACAGGCCAUAUGAUCCUGAGGAAGAGUACGGUCCUGACAGAGCCUUUGACACGCAGCUCAGCGACCUGGGGAAACGGCCAGACGGCGAGAAGGCCCCCGAGAGCGCCGAGCGCGAGGAGGUGGCCUAUGACCCAGAGGACGAGACGAUCUUAGAAGAAGCCAAAGUGACCGUGGACGACCUGCCCAACAGGAUGUGUGCAGAUGUCAAAGGCGCUUCCACGGAGAGGCCGGCCGCGUAUGCUGCCGACAGCUCCACCCCGUCUUUGGUCGAGCAGCAGAAGAUGAUAGAAGAACUCAACAAGCAGAUCGAGGAGCAGAAGCGACAAGUGCAGGAGCAGGAGGAGGCGCUCCGGCUGCAGAGGGCCGCUGUGGGGGCCUCCAUGGCUCACUUCUCUGUGUCUGAUGCGCUGAUGUCGCCGCCCCCAAAGGCGGCGCUGCCUAAGGCCGAGCUGUUUCCACAUGAACAGCCGGCUGCAGGCCGGGCAGUGGCACCCCCCGCCAGUCAGGGGCCAGGCCCAGGCUCCGACCCGAGACAGAGCCAGAGCCAGAGCCGGGACCCUCGGCAGGCGCGGCGACUAGCCGAGAGCAGCGAGAGCGAGGCCUCCAAGGCCAACUGCAUGCCCAGCGCCCCGCCCGGAGGGGCCGCUGCCGCUCAGGGGCCUGCGCCAGCCCCGGAAGAAAAGGAGUCGUGGGCUCCCCGCGAGGAGGCUGCGGUGCCGGCCCCGCAGGACAGCCCCGCGGGGGAGCCCUCGGAGAGUCCGGCCCAGCCGCCCCCUGAGAGCGGCCCCCCCACGGCCAGACCUGCUCGGAAGGUGCUGCUGCCCACGCCCCCGGGCGCUGCUUUCCCGUCCACCUUCCCUUUGCAGAACGCCAGCCAGAAUUUCAGUUCUGCGGGGAGGGAUCUCUUCUCAAGCCCGGGGUUCACAUCUCAGGAGAAAUCCUUUGGCUCGUCCCAGUAUGAGGACCCAAGAAAUGCUCUGUUUGCUGAAAAAAGUGACCGUUUAGCAGUUGAAACUGAAGGAGACAGAGCCCCACAGUCCAGACCUGGCGAGGGGGCCGCCCCGUUACCCCCACCUGGACAGAAAGGGGCCCCUCUGCCCCAGUUUCAGGGGCAGCGUGAGCCCACACCACGCACCUUCGGGAUGUCGGGGCUUCAUGGCCCCAAUUUCCCAGGACCCAGGGGCCCAGUCCCUCCAUUUCCGGAAGAGAAUGUCAUCUCCAACAAUGACGGGCCGAGGGGGCCUCCACCGGCCAGGUUCGCGGCCCAGAAGGGUCCCAUUCCUUCCUUAUUCUCAGGGCCACAUGGGCCACCUCCCUACGGGGACAGCAGGGGCCCCUCCCCCUCUCACCCUGGGGGGCCGAGAGCAGCAGCACCGCCCCAAUUCGAAGAACGCAAGGAUCCCCACGGGGAAAAAAGAGAGUUCCAGGACACCGCAUACAACGAGAUGGCCGGCCCUCCGUCUCAGUUCGAAGGACCAGAACAAGGCCAGUUCAUGGGAAACAGGGGCGUGGCACCUUUCCAGUUUGGGGGCCCAAGGAGGCCUCUGCUGUCUCAGUUUAAAGGGCCCCGAGGAGGGCCUCCUCCCGCUCAGUUUGGGGGUCAGAGAGGACCAGCGCCUGGCCAUUUCGUGGGCCCAAGGGGGCCGCAUCCUAGUCAGUUUGAAGGACCCAGAGGCCAAGCACCAAAUUUCAUGCCAGGACCCAGGGGAAUUCAGCCUCAGCAGUUUGAAGAGCAAAGGGUAAAUUCACCGCCAAGAUUUGCAAAUCAAAGGGCGCCAGCACCCCUGCAGUUUGGUGGACCAAGGGGGUCUUCUGCUCCUUUUCCUGAGAAAAACGAGCAGGCGCCUUCCCGCUUCCACUUUCAGGGCCAGCCCACCCCAGUGAUGAAGCCGGUGCCCAGGCCACUGCUGGAGCUGCCCAGCCACCCCCCCCAGCACCGCAAGGACCGCUGGGACGAGGCUGGCCCGCCUUCUGGGGCACCUGGACCAGGCCCCGAGGCCGACACGCAGUGGGCCUCGCCGGACUUCCGAGAGGGCAAAGGCCACGAGUACAGAAACCAGACUUUGGAAGGGCGACAGAGGGAGCGGUUUGAAGCCGGGCCCAAAGAGAAAGCACUGGACGAGCCUGAAGGGCAGCCCGAGGGCCGGCAGGGUCGCGCCUUUGAGGAGAGGAGACGGGACCGGGAGCAUGGGAAGCCCUGGGAUCGCGAGCGGAGCAGGAACUGGGGCCGCGAGCGGGACUGGGACCGGGGCCGCGAGUGGGACAGACACCGCGAGAAAGACUCCUGCCGAGAGUGGGACAAAAGCAAAGAGCGGAGCACAAACAGGGACAGAGAGCGGGAACGGAGCAGGAACCGGGACCGGAGGCGGGACCGGGAGAGGUCUCGAAGCAGAGACCGGGACCGCGAAAAGGCGCGAGAGCGUGAGCGGGGCCGAGACCGCAAGGACCGCAGCAAAAGCAAGGAGAGCACGCGGGACCCAAAGGCCGAGACCCCACGGGCCGCCGAGCCCACCGCCCAGACCUAGUGGCCGGCCCAGGCCUGUGUUAAAGGCUUGGUGUCAGCCCUGGCUGGCGUGGUCUCAGCUUGGCAACGAUCCUUUUUAAAAGACAAGUUCAUAAAAUGUGUCGAACAAAUAGUUUUUCAAAUAGCUAUGAACUUAGAUGCAGAAUAGAGUAGAAUAUUCUGGACUUCAAAAAUUACUGUAAUUUUGUGUAUAAUGGUUUCUUACAAAAUUUCACAUCUUUACAAUUCUGAUGCUUUUU